AUGUCUGGGAGGAGUACAGGUCCCAAUUUAACGGUCUAUCCGAAACGAAUCCCCUUCUGGCACCUACUCAUCGAUAAGGGAGCAAUCACCCAGGAUGUACUCGACUACGAGUAUGCCGGGUCUGGAACGGAAGAUAAUCCUUUCGCGGUAGCGUGGAUACCCAACGACAGCCGCAAUCCGCAACUCUUCAGCGGCGCCCGCAAAAUCUCAAUUACCCUCACGGUUGCCUUUGCCAGCUUGAUCGUCUCCCUGGCAUCGUCUGCGUAUAGCGGUAGUAUCCACGAGAUCAUUGCUGAUUUCCAAGUUAGCACGCCCGUUGCGACACUCGGUCUUUCCUUGUACGUGUUAGGCUUUGCGAUCGGUCCAUUGUUCUGGGCACCUGUUGGCGAAGUCUAUGGUCGGCAGGUUUCAUUCUUUAUCAGUUUGCUCUUUAUGGCCGCUUUUCUGGCUGGUUGUGCCGGAGCGCAGAAUAUUUGGACACUGUGUAUCCUGCGUUUCUUCGCGGGAUCAUUUGGCUCUGCUCCAUUGACCAAUGGUGGUGGAACUAUCUCGGAUAUUUUCUCAGCGAGACAACGGGGCCUUGGACUAAGCCUCUACGCUGCUGCGCCUUUCCUCGGGCCCUCUUUGGGCCCUAUCAUUGGUGGAUUUCUUGGGAUGAAGGCUGGUUGGCGCUGGGUGGAGGGUCUUCUCGCUGCGACUGCUGGAUUCGUCUGGAUAGUAUCAACUUUGUUGACUCCAGAGACAUAUGCGCCGGUGCUCUUGCGAGAGCGUGCGAAUCGACUCUCGCAAAUUACGGGCAAGGUCUAUCGCAGUAAAAUCGAGCUGGAGAAGGGUCCAGUAACGACCGCUGAACUACUGAGGAAAACACUCUCCAGGCCUUGGGUUCUACUUUUCAAAGAACCUAUUGUCUUGCUCUCGGCAGUCUACGUCGCACUGGUAUACGGUACACUCUACAUGUUCUUCGCGGCGUUCCCCAUCGUUUUCGAGGAAGUACGAGGAUGGAAUCCCGGCGUAGGAGGCCUUUCCUUCCUGGGUAUCAUGGUUGGUAUGAUCAUCGGGAUCAUCUGCACUAUCCCCGCGAAUUUGCAUUAUACCAAAGUACAAAGUCGAUGUGGAGGAUAUGCGCCACCGGAGACUCGAUUGAUCAUGUGUAUGCCCGGGGCUAUAGCCAUCCCAAUCAGCCAGUUCUGGUUUGCCUGGACAAACUAUACUUCGAUCCACUGGAUUGUAUGCAUCAUCGGGACGGCACCAUUCGGCAUGGGCGUUAUCCUGAUCUAUAUGGGGUGCAUGAACUACCUGAUCGACUCCUAUACUAUCUAUGCGGCGUCCGUGCUCGCUGCGAACGCAGUGCUUCGGUCGAUCUUUGGCGCGGUCUUGCCUAUUGUGUCAACGUGGAUGUACGACGGUGUCGGAAUUCACUGGGCACCGUCUAUUCCUGCAUUUAUCUCGCUCCUUUUCCUGCCGUUCCCAUUCUUCUUCUACAAGUAUGGUUCUACGGUGCGGGCAAAGUGUAAAUACGCGGCCGAGUCUGAUCAGUACAUGAAGAAGCUGGCCGAGAAUACGAUCCAAGAAAAGAAACGGGGGGCAUCGACAGCGGAACCAGAGGCACAGACGGAUAUUCCUACCAUGGAGAUGGAGCGCGUGGCUACCGUGCAAUCGAUCUAA